CUCGGCCCCUCCCUCCCCCAUAUUCCUCUUUCCUCUCACUCGACACACUACCGCCCACCACAUGCUCGAUCAAAUGCCUCACUCAAUUUCAUCACUCCCCCUCUAUUUCUAUCCCUAACGCACUCACUCUCCCUGCUUCAAACUCCGCCAUUUCCCUCCCCACAAUGCCAAAACUCCAACUCCUCCUCCCCCUCCUCCUUCUCGCCGGCGCCGGCGGCGUCGGAGUAAGUUCCGUUCUCGCCACCGACGAACAAACCUUCAAAGAGGCACCCAAAUUCUACAACUCCCCUGCCUGCCCACCCAUCCCCGCCGACGACUUCUGCUCAAACCAAUCCAUCAACAUAGCCAUGACCCUCGACCUCCACUACCUCCGCGGCUCCAUGGCAGCGAUCCUCUCCACCCUCCAGCACUCCUCCUGCCCGGAAAACAUCCGCUUCCACUUCAUCUCCUCCCUGCCUUCCCUCCACAAAACCAUCCUCCGCUCCUUCCCUUACCUCCGCUGCCAGCUCCACAUCUUCUCCCCUUCCCCAGUCCAGGGCCUAAUCUCCACCUCAAUCCGACAGGCGCUCGAUUCCCCGCUCAACUACGCCCGCAAUUACCUCCCAACCCUGCUCCCCACCUGCUUGACAAAAAUCCUCUACCUCGACUCCGACCUCAUCCUCGUAGACGACGUCGCGGAUCUCGCCGCGACCCCUCUCCUCGGGAAACCCCUCGCCGCGCCGGAGUACUGCAACGCCAAUUUCACCAUCUACUUCACCCCGACCUUCUGGUCGAACCCGUCCCUGUCGCUGACGUUCGCUGGGAGGGACGCCUGCUACUUCAACACCGGGGUGAUGGUGAUCGAUCUGGUGCGUUGGAGGGUCGGUGGGUACACGAGGAGGAUCGUUGAGUGGAUGGAGCUCCAGAAGAGGUUGAGGAUCUACGAGCUGGGUUCCCUGCCGCCUUUCUUGCUCGUUUUUGCUGGGGAAAUUGCGUCGGUGGAUCACCGGUGGAACCAGCACGGGCUGGGCGGGGACAAUUACAGGGGGCUGUGCCGAGAUUUGCAUCCGGGUCCGGUGAGCUUGUUGCAUUGGAGCGGGAAGGGGAAGCCGUGGGCGAGGAUCGAUUCGGGCCGGCCGUGCCCGCUCGAUGCGCUCUGGGCGCCGUACGAUUUGCUGGUGAGGGAGAACGGCGGGAUCGAUUCUUAGAAGAAGGGUAGUAAUUAGACACUCUAAUCUGGGUUUAAUUAGGAGGUAAUUAGAGGAUUAAGUACUUCUACUACACGGGUAAGCAAAUCUUCAGGGGAGUAUAAAUUUACAUAAUCUUCUGGGUAUAGAUAUACACAUAAUCUUGUGUUAAUUACAAUAGUAUGCUUAUUUUUGAGGUUUUCUUUUGACUGUGAGCUGUUCAGUGACGGCAUAAGAGGGAGGGAAUUGGGCCAUUGUUCUUAUAGUUUUAGCAAUUUUAGGGGGUGAGAAGCCUCUCUCUGUACCUGAGAACAAGUUCAAUUUUGGUUGUGAGAAGCCAAUAAUUAUAUUGAGGACUAAGGAGGAUGAAUUCAUUAGUUGCUCAAAUUGGAUCCUUCUUUGUUUUACUUUCAGAAGGGGCAACUGAAUGAUACUUGGUUUUACUAUGUCUCUUUUCGUUUGUGAAAUGAAUUAUUGCUUGCUCU